AUGUCACAUAUUGUAAAACGCUGUCGUUCUAAAAUACCAGCAGUUUUAGAAGAUAGUAUAUUUGGAAUACAACCAGUUAACGAUUUUGUUAGAGUUGUCAGCGACUUUUUAUAUUAUCAUGUUGGAAGGGAACAUAUUGAAAUCGAAGCCAAGUUAGGAGUUUUAGUAAAUAAACAAACGCGUGAACGAAUAAAUUUACCGGUAAAUUGCGAGACAGUGAUAAAGCCUGACGAAAGCAGUUGGAUGUCAUUUGAGAGUAAUAUGACUCUCGAACAACAUCGACAUUUCAAUGAGCUACUAAAUAAACGUUUCACCGAAACAAAAUCUUCAACAUUCAAAGGAAAACCUAUAGAAUACAAACACACAUAUGAAACCGAUAGAUUUUACAUCGUAGGGAAUGGAAAAAUCAGAGUAACAAGUAAUCAAAAGACCGGAGAGGUGGUAUCGUCGAAAAAAAUUCGUGUUGCAAAUUUGGAUAUUUACUCACCAAAUACAAAAUUAGAUUAUCGUAUUUCUGUAAACUUAGAAAGGCCGAGGGGAAUGCCGAAUGGGUCACAUAGUUUUGAGAGGAAUAAAGAUAGGUUGUGUUACACUCAUCAAAUUAUUAAGGUUGAUUUAACUCAAGUCAAGGGAGCUGAUGCAA